AUGAUGAAAUGUAGUCGUAUUCUUCGCGACAAGUCGAUGUUCGCGGCGAAGCGGCGUGUCAUUGUGCCGAUUCACCCAACACCUAACUAUCCUGCGCAUUUCAUUAAGGCCUCCUUCACCACUGACCCGCUCAAGGAAAAACAGAAGGCACGCUUCUCUUCUGGCGGCGAGGCAAUGCGUGAAGUUCAGGACAUCCCGAAAAAUCUUGAGGGUGAGCGGUCCCGGCGCGAGCUCAUGGCACGUGGUGACACAGAGUUUGAGGCGUUAGUGGAGUUUAUUCAGGGUGCCUCAUACGACCAACUCAUCUCGGGUCGUCGCUUCAAGAAGGUGUAUGACAAACUCUCGGAGAACGACGAUAUGUUUGUUUGGCUUUGUCACACAGCUAUGUCGGUGCUAAACCCAGGUGACGUGCGUUCUCGCCUUGUGUACAACCAUUUGCGCACACUCGCGGAAGCCGUUGCGAGUGGGGAGAUGACGCAGCGCACCGCCUUCCGAUUCUACGAGUCGGCGGUGCGCAGCCCGGCGUACCGCGAGAUUGCGAAGCGGCAGCUUGAGGGCGGCGCGGCAACGCGGCUGGCGGGAAUCAGUGCUGCAGCCGAUGUGAUGCAGCGGAUGGGCCUCACGCGCCGCCCCAUGUCGUCUUACUUCGAGCUGUACCAACGCAUUGUGGAGCGGUCAGAGGCGAUGACGCCGUGGGGAUUUCCGCCGCUGUUCCAGUUUGAAGAGCGUCUGUCACUAGAGCCUCGGCUGAAGUUCUUUUCUCGCGCUUCGCAGCAAACUUUGGAACGGCGGCGCCGUGGCAACAUCAUGUCGCCGCACACCACACUCCAGGGCCGUCGCAUCUUCUGGAUCCCGCCAACUUGGAAUCGUGCCGGCCGCUUCCUUGGUCCGCACGUGACACUGUACCCUGGUAUGACACCGGAUUAG